ACCCUGGAGAGGAGCUGGGUGAUGAGAAAAAAACUGGGAAUUGUGUUUUCAACUGAAGCUUGGGGUCUUUCUGUGGAUAAUUACCCAUGUCCCACUUUACCAAAGAAAAAUAGAUUUCAAGUAGGAUACAAAGUAAUUCUUUCUAAAUAUGUGACAAUGAAGAGAUUAGCCCUGGGUACUGGGAGUGUUUGCAGGAAAAAUCUUGCCUCCCAAAUGCAUCAGACUGAGAUGAAUUAUAACGGGGUUCACUAAAUUUUAUUCUAACAUUGAAGAGGGGAAGGAAGGAAAGAAAAAAAGAAGAGCGAGUUACAAGAAUAAGGUAUCUGAGAAAAAGAAAAGACAGAAACAUCAUCCAAAGGACCUUUUGAGCAAGAUAUUUUUCUUCCUUUUACAAGUUGGAAGCUACUGAAUAAUUCAUGCCAAGCGUGGAGAGGCUGCCUUUCCCUCGGCUGAUGUAUAACUGAGCAGGAGAGCGUUUCCAGUGGGUUCACCACAUCAGCCACCGCUCUUGCCUCUGAGCACAGGGUGCUCUCCUGAGCUCAGCUUCUCUGCUUCUGCAGCCACGCACCCUUGCUGCUGCCUGCCUGCCUGCCUGCCUACCCACCCUGCCACUUCACUUUCCCCAGCGCUGCAGCUGCUGGCUCCUGCCUGGGACCAUGUGUGUGGAGGCUGCUUGGAAGAAGCGGGCACUUACUUCUGGCACUGAUCCCAGCUGAGGCUCUCCUGUUGCUUUCUGGACCACAGAUGCUGCCGCUGAGGAGGUACUCCCUGGCAUCCCUCCCUCUGCUAUUGCCAGCCAAGGACCAGCCCCAAAGCAAGGCAGGCAGGUGUCAGGAUGGGCCGCGCUGCGAGAAGCCGCCGUCGCUAGCGAGCGAGGUGUGAAGAGUCGGCCAGGAUGACCAACUCCUCGUCCACGUCCACCUCCUCCACCACGGGGGGGUCGCUGCUGCUGCUCUGUGAGGAAGAGGAGUCGUGGGCGGGCCGACGCAUCCCCGUGUCGCUCCUGUACUCCGGGCUGGCCAUCGGGGGCACGCUGGCCAAUGGCAUGGUCAUCUAUCUCGUGUCGUCCUUCCGAAAGCUGCAGACCACCAGCAACGCCUUCAUCGUCAACGGCUGCGCCGCCGACCUCAGCGUCUGCGCCCUCUGGAUGCCGCAGGAGGCGGUGCUGGGGCUCCUGCCGGCCGGCUCUGCCGAGCCCCCCGGGGGCUGGGACGGCGCGGGGGGCAGCUACCGCCUGCUGCGGGGCGGGCUGCUGGGCCUCGGGCUCACCGUGUCCCUGCUGUCCCACUGCCUCGUGGCCCUGAACCGCUACCUGCUCAUCACCCGGACGCCCGCCACCUACCAGGUGCUGUACCAGCGGCGCCACACGGCGGGCAUGCUAGCGCUGUCGUGGGCGCUCGCCCUGGGCCUCGUGCUGCUGCUGCCGCCCUGGGCGCCGCGGCCCGGCGCCGCGCCCCCGCGCGUCCACUACCCAGCGCUGCUGGCCGCCGCGGCGCUGCUGGCGCAGACGGCGCUGCUGCUGCACUGCUACCUGGGCAUCGUGCGCCGCGUGCGCGUCAGCGUCAAGCGGGUCAGCGUGCUCAACUUCCACCUGCUGCACCAGCUGCCCGGCUGCGCUGCCGCCGCCGCGGCUUUCCCCGCCGCCCCGCACGCCCCCGGCCCCGGCGGCGCCGCGCACCCGGCCCCGGCCCAGCCCCUGCCGCCCGCGUUGCAGCCGCGGCGGGCGCAGCGGCGUCUCAGCGGCCUGUCGGUGCUGCUGCUGUGUUGCGUGUUCCUGUUAGCCACGCAGCCACUGGUGUGGGUGAGCCUGGCCAGCGGCUUCUCGCUGCCCGUGCCCUGGGGCGUGCAGGCAGCCAGCUGGCUCAUGUGCUGCGCCCUGUCCGCACUCAACCCGCUGCUCUACACGUGGAGGAACGAGGAGUUCCGCCGCUCCGUGCGCUCCGUCCUGCCCGGCGUCGGCGACGCGGCCGCAGCCGCUGUGGCCGCCACAGCCGUGCCAGCCGUGUCCCAGGCCCAGCUGGGCACCCGCGCCGCGGGCCAGCACUGGUGACCCCACCGCGGGGCUCGGGAGUCGGAGAUUCCCGGUUUCCGACGUCCUUGGCCGCCAUCGUCCUAUUCCCCCUUGAUGCGUCCCCUUGUCCCCGAGAAGACUCCCGCCGGGAAGCCCAAUAAACAGGUGCAAAGAUUUGGCCUCGGACCCCAGUGGGAUUCCCGAACCAAAGUCUCCCUGAAUGGGGUUCCGUGAGUCCUUCUGGGAGGCCAUCUGAUUCUUACCCUUUGUGUCUGUGUUUUAGAGAAAUCCUAAGUCAGUAGUACACUGGAGACUUUAAGAAUUUGAGAACUGGCGUCUUAACAGAAUCGGUUCAUUUAUUUCAAAACUGUUUUUGCAAACGAGCUUUCAUAACAUGUAACUCUUCCCACUUUCAUAGUCUUAGAAUAUGUAUGAAGCGCCUUGAGUGUGCAUGAGCCAAAGGAAAUAAUUCUGAGGAAGGAAGUAAUAGGGGAGAAGCCUUGUAGAAAGUAAUCUGUCUUGAAUGACGCUCCUGUUACAAUUGAGUCUUUGUUAUAUUAACCUGGAAGGGUGCUGGAAGGUGAAGCUGCAACGCGUGCACCGCAGGAUGAGCUGCCUUUAAGACCUGAAGCCCUUUAUUUUUAAAAGGGUUUUUAUAAAGUCAUCAUCGAGUAAGAUGCAUAUUAGCCUGUGAGGAAAACAAAUCACCGAAAUUUAUUACUUGAGACUUUUUUUUGGCACUCUUAAGAUUAAAAUUUGGUAUUGGGUAUUAAAGUGAAAAUUUCUGGUUUGAUAAUGGAUGGUCUGAGCCAGAAUUGGGGUUUUGAAAAGGGAUAAAGGGGUUAUCUAUUUUAGGUACCCAUUUCACAGUUUCUGUAGCAUGCACAUUUGUUGCUACUCUUAUUUUGUAACCAAUUCAUUUGCCUUAUGAAUGUGACUGCAGCUUUGAACAUUCUGUACUACAAUGGUUGUUUCGGAAAAUAAAUCCUUCUGUUUUCUCUUUAACAUUUAAAAUAUCUCAAUGCACAUGAUAUAAUUAAACACUAAUGAUACCAUGACUGCAUAGCUAACAUUAGCUGCUAGUGCAUGCUCCUAGAUGCUAGAACUUAUUGGGCAUGUGGUGUGCUAAAGCAAUACCCAUUGGACAAGGACAUUUUACUUCGUCACCAGAAGAAAAGCUCUCCAUUAUUUGAAAAGACACAGAAACACCUCUGGCUACCUAAAGUUCUUCUUGUCUUGACCCAAUUUAUGAGAACAAUUCCCGUGUGGGACUCUAUCUCAUAAAUGGGACCGCAGGCAAGAUGGAUCAAUAAUAUGGUUUGGCUGGGCAAAGCCAUCUACACUCUGUUAGAGUUUAAACAAGCCACACACUAGAAAGCAUCACUGUUUUUGUGUAGUUCAUGUAGGUUACUGUGACAUUUAACUUUAACGUUGUAUCAUGUCUGUUGAAGGGGGCGUAAUAAACUGUUAUAGAUAAUGAACAGUUCAAAUGGGAAUCUGCUCUAAAAUAUGUCAUCUGUGAUUUCUCAUUUUUGUCUCCAAUUUACUAAAUUUAUUUGGAAAUAUUUGAAAUGCAAAAUCGUGUGAAACCACCUUAUAAUAUUAAAAUGGGAAGAAAACAGCUUUAAUAUUUGUAUCAGUGUUCUGACUGCUAAUUAAAUCAAACAUGCAUCAAAUAUCCUCAAUUGACUGUAUAAUUCAGGAACAAAUUAGCUUGUUUUGCUGCACUCUUGGACAUUUUAAGUCAGGAUAUAAGCAACACCUGUGCGUUUGAAUACUCGUGGGAGUUGCAGGAAACUUUGGCAUUUUUUGUAGUAAAAUGAAAGAAAGAUGUUCGUCACCAAUAAUCAGCAGUUGUUUUAUUAAUCUCUUCCCUUUGUGCAUGCACCAUUCCUUUCUUAAGGGUUCAUCUGUUCCCAUUUUCCUUGACUCAAAUUUAAUUAAAGUUUAGACAACUGUACUUCUGA